AUGGGCUGCCCUCCGCCUACUGAUGAUGAUAUUAAUAGGGUCCUGUUGGUGCACUUGGCUAACGUUUCUGCUUACCUAGAAAUUUAUCACCACCUUGAAAACUCACUCAAAACAGGUCGUAUUUCCCUAGCGAAAACAAGAUGUAACUCACUCUGCGGAUCGGCCAAAAUAUCCAAUGCCUCUUACAACUCAGCUGAGAUGGCGUCGCAUGGCGCCACCGCACGCAUUCGAGUGGAUAAUUCUUCAUCAUUUCACCUGGUGGAUGAACUGUCUCCUUUUGAUAAUUACGUAGGUAGUGCUGAUGCUACCAGGGCGUCUACAGACUGCAAGGUGCCCGACCCAAUCAACUGGUUCUGUGGGGUUUUGGUGCCCCCGCAGUUGCGGCUAGCGCAGGUCAGUUUUCGACGUAGUCUACGCCUGGUAGCUGAACUGGCCACUCGUCGAGCAGCCCUACUUCAUUCGGCCAAACAGCUGUCGGACUUGAUUGAAACACGAGAUCGGCUUGACAGUGAAUCCUUGGUCUCACCAAAUCCUGUACCUGCUCAACCAUCUCAGACCACACACUAG